AUGACCCAGACCCUCAAUCAAAGGGAGGACCCUCUGAACGUGGACGGCGGCUGGUCACCCUCGGCCCCUUUGCACUCCUGGUCGCCCUGCCACCGCCGGCGCCGGGAGCAGCGCGGCCGCGACGGCCCCAAGAUGGAGCACGAGCCUCAGAGGAAACAACCCAAGCCGCGACACGGCCCAGGUCCGUGGUUCCAGCCACCCCGCUGGCCCAGCUGGGCGCCAGGCUUGCGCGCCCCCAGGAACACCACCCAGUUCAUCAUGAACCAGAUCUACGAGGAUAUGCGGCAGCAGGAGGAGCAGGAGCGCCAGCAGGAGGCUCUGCGGGCGCAGCAGGCCCAGGCGAGCAAUGGGGCCUCUCCAGCCUGCUCCUUCGCCAGCGGCGCGCCCCCCGGAGGCGGCGAGGAGGACCCGGAGCUGCAGGAGAUCCUGUAUGGCGACUACCCACCCCUGGAGGAGGAGAACCAGUUUCCCACCCAGCAGCGGGUGGAGGAAGGGGAGGAAAAGGAGGAGGAGGAAGAGUGUGAGGAGGCGGAGGAGGAGGGGUGUGAUGGAGAGGAGGAGGAGCAGGUGUGUGAUGGCGAGGAGGAGAUGCUAGAUGAGGAGGAGCAGCAGGAGGAGGAGGAGGAGGAGGUGGAAGAUGCUGUCUAUGUGGAGGAGGGAGAGGAGGAGGAAGAGGAUGAAGAAGAGGAGCUGGAAGAGGAGCUGGAAGAGGAGGGGCCGGAGGAGGAUGAGCCAAGAGAGGAAGAAAGCCACUUGCCUCUGGAAAUGCCUUUGUCGAUCCUAGUAGGGGCUGAAGACGAGAGAGAGAACUUUAUCAACUACGCUUAUUUAAGCCCCAGUCAGAUAAUUCCCAGCGUGCCACAGGAAACUCUACUCCUGGUGCAGGACAUCCACUUUUAG